AAUUGCAAACAUAACUCUUUCUCUCAGAUUCUUGUCAACUCUUAGAUCUGGGUUUUCACAGUACAGCUAAGAUCAAGCUCAAAUAGAUCACAAACCUAAUCAUGUAAUCUUAUCAUUUAUCCUCCUUUUUUCAACUUUUUUUGUUCAUUUUCUAUAAAAUUAAUAACAUCAUUUAUGUUAUUAUUAUUAUUAUUUAAUUUCGAGUAAAACCCAUAAAUAUACGGAUAAUUCCCUUUAUUUUAUUUGAAAAUCUUUUCACCAGUCAUUUUCUCACCUUUUCUCAUUAUUUAAAAACAGUAAAGAGUACUGUUUUUGCUCAUACACUGAGAUGUAGUUUUCUUUCCUUUUUUUUCACCAAUCAAAAAUAUAUUUUCUGUUAAUUUGCUACUACAAUCUAAAGUUUAUUACUUAAAUUCAGUAUAAAUCACAAUCAACAAAAUUUCUUAUCCUUUUUCAAAAUGUUUUCAUCAGAAAACAAUUCAUCAUAUAAUAAUCCUUUGUUUUAUAAUCCUCAAGUUCCAAAUAAUUUCACUACAUUUAUCCCUAAUAAUUACAUAUUUCCACCCACAUUUUCUCAAAUUCAAGACAAACUUAGUUUUAAUUCAUCAUCUGAACAUUCAAUAACCCAAGAAAAUGCCCUAAAAAACUCUCAAAAAAUGAUAAUAAAUCAGGUGUCAAAUAGUUCAAAAAGAGCAACAGGAAGAAAAGAUAGGCAUACCAAGAUAUGUACUGCUCAAGGAGUAAGAGAUAGAAGGGUUAGAUUAUCAAUGAGCAUCGCUCGCGAGUUUUUCAAUCUUCAAGACUUGUUAGGGUUCGAUAAAGCUAGCAAAACCCUCGAGUGGCUCUUAGCUAAAGCUAAGACCAACAUCGAUGAGCUUGCUAGCUCUAUCGAUAAUAAAAAUCUCGAUAAAGAAGAAAUAGAAGAAGAAAAAGGUGAUAAUAAUAAAAGUACUUUAUUAGGUCAUAAUAAGAGAAAAAGGGGUUUUAAAGGUGUUAUUAAAAAUGGUUUUGAUGAAGUAAAAAGAAGGGAAGAAGCUCGAGAACGCGCUAGGGAGCGAACUCGAAAAAAGAAAUUUGUUAGUGAUUAUAGUUUACAAAGGAUUGAUCAAUCAAGUUCUUCAUAUGGGGUUAUGAUUGAUAGUAGUUGUACUAAUGGGGUGAUUAGUGAAAUGGAAUUUGUUGAGAGUAAGGAUGAUUAUUUAAUGGAUUCAAGAGAAUCAUCUUAUAAUUAUAAUAAUUAUGAGAUGAUUAAUUUAAAGGAUAAUGAUCAAGAAAGUUGUAAUGGGUAUAGUGAAUUUCUCAACAAAUCAAUUUCAGAUAGUUGUAAUUUUGGUGAUUUUCCUGCAGCUUUGAACAUCAUCAAUCUUUCUACAGACAUUCACAUCAAUGAUGCUAGUGCUAAACCUUGGGAUACAUAUUCCAGCAAUCAAAUUCUGCACUAAUAUAAUUAAGUAGUGUGGAAAGAAGUAUGAAGAGUUAUUUUUUGUAAGAAAACUUCUAAACAUAACUCUUUGUGUUGAUCUUUCGUUUGCCUAAUUGCUUAAAAUAUGUAUGUUUUCCAUAAAACUUUGGAUAAUUUCUCAGUAAUUGGUUUUUUUUUUUUAUUGGACAUGUUUUGGAUCACUACAAGUUCCUUCCUUUGUCAUUUCAGAGAUUGAUGUUAUUGAUGUGUAAUGUAAUAUUGGAACUUGAUUCUAACCAAUCAAAAAAUUU